AUGCUUACUGAGGCAAAAGUUUCUAGGCAGGCGCCUGACUGGCUGUUCUACCUCUGCCUCUGCGUAACGCUGUACACAGGCUUCCGCCUAGCCAGGGGAAUCACGCUGAGCCUGCUGUCCAUGGCCCUCAAGAAGGGCGCAAUGGACGUCCCACAGACCAGAGCGAUCAGGAGGGAUCUCAAGCUGCGGGGAAAGCACCACCUGAUCCCCGACUCGGUUCCUGUCUUUUGGGUUGUGGAUCUGGACCUGGCGAUGACGGAUCCUUCCGCAGCGCCGGCGGAGAACCGGGUGCAGAGGUUUCAGGAGCUCCAACCUUGUAAAACAAGCGACACGGAUGAACCGUAA